ACAUCAUCGCGACAAAAAGUUCCGAAACAGGUGAUUGAAACAAUGUCAACAACAACACUGUUUCGAUUCUUAAAGGACUAAAACACCUCACGCAUGUAGGGACAUAAAUUUAUUAAAGAGAAAAAUAGACUGAUAUCCUGUGUGUUGGGUGGGGAAGACAUGUGACAUGUGAUGGAUGGAGCACCACAGGAGCCCAAGAAUGACAUCAUUCCUGAAGAUCCAAGAGGUGCAGCAGGUGGAGUGGAGGAGGAGACAAGGGAAGGGAGCCCUUCAGCGUCAUCUGCAUUACAAUCUGUGGCUGAUUAUUUAAGCAAAGUUAACUCUCUGUCAAAAAAGAAACAAAAUAAAGAUGCUUUGCAUGUUUGUAAUGAAGCUUUAACUGUUUACCCUGGAAAUAACAAACUUCUGGAAAAGAAAACAAAAGUAUUGUGUCAGCUUCUCCUGUUUCAAGAUGCUUUAAAGGUUGUUGAAGACUGGAUCCUGUUAGAUCCACAAAAUACUGUUGCAAGACGGGAACAUGAAAAGUUGAAAAUAAUUCUAACUGCAGUGGAAUGUCCAGACUCUGAAGAUGAUUCUCUAGACAAUGAUGACAAGGCAGAGCAAGUCAAGCCUACAGAGCAGAGGGCAGGCAGAAAUAAAAUUGUUGCUGCAGGGGAUGGGGAUACUUUGGGUAAUAAAUCAGCAUUUAAAGCACUAGGAAGGUCAUCUUCACCGCAGCGUAAAAAUGAAGAAGCGGGUCAGUUUGUGUGUACAUCGUGUGAGGUCAGUUUUACCCAAAAGGAUGAGUUUGACCUACACAGCACGAGCGGUUUCCACAAGCAGAGACUUGCUGUGGAAGAUGCUCAUCAGUGGCAGUACCGAGCACCACCCAGAGGGCUGGCAAGUGAUGAGUACAGUCUCUGCAAGAGAUUCAUGGAAACAGGGAGGUGUACAUUCAGGGAAAAAUGCACCAGGGCCCAUUCCGAAGCCGAGCUGGAGGAGUGGAACCAUCGUUAUGCUGUCAGAAAACAGCAGCUGCAGCAGUCCCAGGAGAACAGGGCUCAUGGUGGGACCUACAUCGAGCAGCUGUUGGAGAAACUCAUGUCACAGGAGCCGCCAAAAAUGGUGCUGGUUGAAAACAUUGACCUUGUAAAAAUUCAUGUGAACUCUGACCUCAAAGUAAGCAUGUCCACCAAAAAGUGUACAAAUGCCUGGACCUUUACAGUUACCAGUAAGCUGUGUCUCCAUUGCGUGGCUCUGAUGUCGGACACCAAUCGCAGCUACUUCCAUGUCUCUAGCAUCUCUGUUGGGCCCAGGAAAACCCAGAAAUAUCAAAAUUUGGAGCCCCAGUGCCAGGAGUGGGUCAACCAGGACACACAAAGUAAAGGUCAAGGGGAGUAUGUGUACAGGGUCAAGGUGGUUUUCAAAACUGAUAUUUAUGGCACAUUUCGUCAGUCAAUUGUAUUUGAUUUUGGAGUGGAAGCAAUUUUGAUGAGAGAGGUGCAAGUAGAAUCUGCGCCAGCCACUGAUGCUGAAAAGAUACGCAAAGAGAUAACGCUGACAGAAGCACACAGGUGGAAUGAAAGAACUGUAACCCUGGUUAAUUUUGAACCUAGACCAGUUUCAUACAGUGAGCCAGAGGCGGCCUUAAUGGCCAAAUACAUGCUUCCCCGGCCAGAUAAAUUUUGUCAGCCAGAGACAGUCAUGCACAGCAUCAGUAAAGAGAACUACCGCUUGUGGAUGCAUGAAAUGCUGUACAUUGAAGAGAUGGCUCAGGUUGGAUACAUUUCUAGGUUUAAUGUGACUACAUCCUUGCAACUAGUGAACAGGUUCCUGUUGAUGCCCAGCUCACUGUCUACUGCAAAGUAUGCACAGGGCGGGGAACUUUUUGCACGCAUGAAGCUUGAGGAUGAUUUAUCUGAAGAUUCAAUGGCUGGUCGUCUCAUUCUACAGUCCUCAAAUGUUGCUUGGAUAGCUGAAGGAAAGAAGGAACGUCCUGAUAAGGUUUACGAAGCUGUGAUAGAGGACAAGGGCAAGAAUUUCAUUUUCAUGCGUUUGUCCAAGACAUGUGUUGAAGAGCUGGGAUUAUCAUGUGACCAGGAUUUUAAUGCCCAGAUUCAGUUCCAGCUCAACAGAUUGUCUAUGUGUGAGAUGCACUCUGCUGUGGAUAGGCUACCCACCUUAGAUAUUGUUUUCCCCGACUUGGACAACUUACCUGACAAACUUGAACUUGAUGACAGUGUAUUGCAAGACUCGAAUGAGAGUAAACGACUGAACGAGAAACAGAAAGAUGCAGUGAGGCUUAUACUGGCUGCUCAAGACUUAAAAUUACCUCCCCUGUUGAUUGUUGGCCCUUUUGGGACGGGGAAAACAUUCACCAUGGCACAGGCGGCCAAGCAAGUCCUGAAGCAGGAGGGGACUAGGAUAUUGAUCUGCACACAUUCCAACAGUGCGGCAGAUCUGUACAUCAAGGAGUUCCUCCAUGACUAUGUGGAAACAGAUGACCAUGCUGAAGCCAGACCCCUGAGGGUGAUGUACAAGUUCCGCUGGAUCCAGACAGUGCCAGAGGUGGUACUGGAGUACACCCUCCUGGAGAGGGAGGGCCCCAUGGCUGGCACAUUCAGGCCCCCGACUGUUGAGGACGUCAUGAAGCAUAGAGUUAUAAUAGCCACAUUGAGUAGUGCUAGAUAUUUAGUUGACUUGGACCUGCCCAAAGAUGCAUUCAGUCAUAUUUUCAUUGAUGAAGCUGCACAGUCAUUGGAGAGUGAGACCAUCAUUCCACUUUCACUUGCUCAUGAGAACACAAGGAUAGUGUUUGCUGGAGAUCAUAUGCAGAUGAGUCCUGAGGUGUACUCGGACUUCACAAGGCAGCAAGGAUUCCACACAUCCCUUCUUGAGAGGCUACAUGAACUGUAUCCCAAGGAUUCUGUUUACAUGGUGAUGCUGUGUGAGAAUUACAGGGCCCAUGCAGCCAUUGUUGACUUUACAUCAGAACUCUUCUAUGACAACAAAUUGAUUUCAAGUGGCAACAUCAUAGCACAUGACCAGUUCUACCCACUGACUUUCUUUGCUGCAAAGGGGGAGGAAAUCCAGCAUGAAAACAGCACUGGCUUUUACAAUAUGUCUGAGGUCUAUGAAAUUGUUGAAAGGGUUGAUGAAUUAAAAAAGAAAUGGCCUGAAGCAUGGGGAGCAUUUGAUAAUAACGGAAUCAGUAUAGUUGCUCCCUACUCUGAUCAGGUUGCUAGAAUACGAGCUGAGUUAAGAAAACGCAAACUUUUUAAUGUUAAUGUUGAAAGAGUUCUUAAUGUUCAGGGUAAACAGUACAGAGUGAUCAUGCUGUCAAUCACCAGAACUCGGUUGACUUGCCGCUCAGAUCCCAAUGUGGAAGAAUAUUUAGACUUUGGCUUUCUUUCCAAUAUCAAGUUGCUCAAUACAGCCAUCACAAGGGCGCAGUCCUUAGUCGUUGUUGUUGGUGAUCCCGUCUCUGUUUGUUUAGUUGGAAAGUGCAGAAAAAUCUGGGAGUAUUUCUUAGAAAUCUGCCACUACAAUGACAGCCUCCAUGGUAUAUCCUGGAUUCCUCUACGAGAACAGCUGGACAGAGCCGAGCUGACCAAAUCUUUUGUGCUGAACCCCUUGGCACCAGAGUUCAUCCCCAACCGUUUGUAUCACACAUCCCACGCCUCACAACAGGAUCACAGUGUCUUUUACCCAGGGGUUCCCCAUUUCGGAGGCUGGCCCGCCUACCCUGGCAUGAUGCCUGGAACUUUCCCUCAGAUGUUUCCACCCAUGUAUCAGCACCCCAUGUACUUCCCUUACAAUGCUGGGCUUGUACCCACCAUGUACUACCCACAGACUCUGGGGAGGGGAUUCAUACCAAACAGGCAAAUGCUGGGAAGAUUCAUUCCUCCUCCUGGCGGAUUCUCCUUUUCCAGAGGUACAGGGCCUGUGCGAGAUGGCAUCCAGAGGACGGUUGAGAUGCCAGGCGGACGAAACGUCAGGCACGCUAAAGGCAGGCACAUGUAUUACAGUCCACCCAGGGUCCAGUCGUUUGCUGCUGUACCAGGCUACCCUCUGCUGCAGCCUCCUCAACAUCCUUCUGGUGGCUAUUUCUACCACCUCCCCGAAGACCCAAGAGCACUUGCGUUCUCCCCUGCUCAUUCUAGCAUCCAUCCAUACCUGACGCCCGGCGCCCAGUUUUCCGCGCACUCCAUCAGACAACCUGCUGCAUUUGGAACCUUACCCCAUCACCCGGGGAGUGGGUUUCACCCACUUCCCCACGGAAGCUCACCUAAUUUUGCCAGUACCAGAGUCUUUUAUCAAGACCCGCGUUUGAAUAGGGAGAGGUCUGACACUGGGGACAGCAGGAUGUCGGAUUCCCCCAGCUCUGGCAUACAGCUCUUGCCUAAUGUCAAACAUGUGCCAGCCCACUUGCGAGGGAAACCCGGGGAGACUUCACCUGAGCAGCCCGGCAGUAAUUCAACAACCCCGCCCAUCAAUGCUCCCAUAGGCACCCCCAUGCUUCGAGAUGAAAGAACAGCAGCCUUGUCGAAUCGACCAUAUAGUCCUGCUAAUUACGUCAGGGAAAGAUCCGGCUCAGCAGAAAUGGUGAGGUCGUACAGCCCGGCGAAUUUUAUACGCGAACAUGCUGGUGACGACAUACAUUCACGUCGGUCAUACAGUCCUGCUAACUACCCGCGUGACGAGCGUAGGAGCUCGGCUGAUGAUGUAAACUCCAGUCAUGAAAGAUCCAUGUCCCUUUCCCCGCCAGUAGCCCCCAGCAACAUGAUGCCACCUGACACGGGGCAGCAAGAGCAGAGAGUCGCAAACACCAAUGGAACUUCAAAGCUGAACAGCCGAAGACAGAAGCCCAAUCUUAGUCUCCGCACUGGGUUUAGCCGACAGUACAGUGAUGACCUGCCGACGCCCACGGUGAUAACAAACAUGAUUCAGAUGAUAGAUGAGAACAUUGACGAAGGCUCAACGGAGGAAGACUCGCCGUCAACAACAGGUGAGAGGAAACACCUGAGGCUGAAAAUGUCGGUGGCGCAGAGGCUGCAGCACAUGCAGGCCAUAGAGGGCAGCGAGGCUUCGUCGUCGUCCACGCCACCUUCUGUGGAAGACUCCCACCCCUCCUAUGCUAGCAUGGUGAGAGCGUCCCCCAGGCACAUAACAGCUGAAGAGGCUGCUCAGUUGGAGAUACAAACACCUCGUACCCCUAAGGGCUUUAUCACGCCGGGUGCGGAAGUUGAGGUCGACCCAUUUGGGAUCCUUAAAUCUUUAAACAUCGGAGGCGCCCCUCACCUGAAAGACUGAGACCUGUCAUUUAGCAUAGUUAGAGCCUCUUUGUUGUGUCAAAUGAUUAUGUUGUCCGCUAUACUGCAGCAAUCCUAUGAUUUUUGUUCUAAUGGGAAGAUUUUUGCCAACAAUAUGUUAUUUGCAGCAAUAUAAAACAUGACAAUGGGCUUUUUCUCCUUAUUAUUUUAACAUCUACAAGAAAAAAAAAUCUAUUCUUGCUGUGGAGGUUUACAUUAUAUUCCUUUCUGAGCUCUAAAUAAUUUUCUAUUUCCAUAUUUGACGUUUGUUUCAAAUUAAACCCUUUUCUUAUGACAAUUUCUCCCCUCUAUUGUUUUUCCUUCUUGAAGCCCCUUCUAACAAUGUUGCUUUGAUGCAUAUGUUCAGUGUUGUAAGCAUGGUUUAAAUUUUUAUUGUUAACAAAUAUUUUAUCUUGAUAAACAAGACAUAUGUAUAAGGUAAACUUGGUUUGGCAGUUUUAGUUCUUAUAACCAAUCGCUUGUAUUAUUCCUAUUAUUUAUCUGUAUGCUUUUGUGCAUUUGACCUUGCUGGGCACUUUUUUUAAGUAUAAAGAUCCUACUGUUCUAUGUUUGUAAGAGUGUUAUAGUGUAAUAUGACAAAAAUUUUAAAGUUUAAAUUUUUAAUGAUUAAACUUAACUCUGUAGGAGGUGGAUUAGUCAACAUUAAUUCUUGUUGUACAUGGUAUAUAUCAAAUGGGUUCUAUUUCAUGUGCCUUCUAAAUGCAUCAUCUUUUCUCCCAAUCAUUCAAUAAGAAAAUGUAUUUCCCCUCUCUUAUAAUUCAACUCCUUCAGUGUUAAUCAAAAUAACAAUCUCUUACAGUUCCGUUCAAUAGAAAAAUUAUUUUUCUUAACUGUACGCAAAUACAACUCUAAAGAUUAGAUUUGUAAUUGAAAACCAUUAUUAAAUGUUUCAUAACCAAAGUUUAGUUUUGUUUUUUUAAAACUUGUUUUAAUGAUGACAUUCAUUUUUAGUGCUGUGUUUCUUGUUUAGUGAUAACACCAAUGUCAGUAUUGGUCAGGUUUUUUUAAAAAAAACAACAAAGAAAUAAAUAAAAUUUCUCUAUCUUGCUCUUGUACAUAGAGUUCAGUAACCCGCAGUUAUACAUUGUGUCUUUCAGGGUGGAUUUAGAACUUGUUUUGUCUUAUUAAAAUAAACAUAUAUUUUCUUUUUUUGUAAAAUAAACUAUAACUUUUUCCCAGAGCAGUAAUAAUGCACUGAAAAAUCAUAUUUAUUUAUAAAUAUAUGUAGUCAAAUUAGUUUUUUUUUUUAAAUUCUUAAAAUUCAGAUAUAAUUUUUUUAAUGCACAAACUAGUAUGUAAAUUCAAACACUUUACUUUUAUUUAUAGUAUAGUAUGUCAUUGCAGUAAGAAAAUGACAUACUGUUUGAAACUUCUUUUGUUUUAUGUUAUUUAUUGUAACUUGUGUAAAAAAAAUUUGCUGAUGUCAUAGCUUUAUCACCUAUUUCUAAAUUUUUCUAAUUCAUGGGUCAUCUUAACACAGCAUGUAAAAAGGAAUACGUUUUUUUUUCUCAAAUUUCACAGAUACAAAUAGGGAAGUUAAUCAACUUAAAUAUUAAGUUACAUUUAUUGUUAAUUGUUUCAUUACUUGUUUUGGCCCAUAAAAAGUUUUCAAUCAUUUUGCUUUGUUAUGAUAAAUUGAUAUUAUAUAAUUCCCUUAUUUUUAAAUGAAAUUAAUUCAGGUGCAUAAACCGGUGAGAUAAGUCUUUUUGCCCUUCUGUUGGUUAGAUUUUAGGAAUAUAAAAAUUCUUUGAAAGCAAUGACAUUUACAUACAUAAUCAAAAUGGGAACAUUUUUUAUAAACAUUAUUCUGAAAAAUCUUUAUUAAAUGCUAAUAAAAAAGAAUAGUAAAACUUUGUUCCAGAAACUUGUGCUUAUCUAAUUAACAAAUAUUUUUACUACAAAUUUUACAUCCAAAUAACUUUAAAAAUACAAUUGUUAGUGCAUCUAAAUGGCAGCAUGUUUUUUAAAAAUCUUGUAACAGUAUACACAAUGAGUGUUUCUGCAUUAAAUUAAAAAAACAAACAACUGCAGACAAAAUAUGUAAUCAUGUAUUUUAUAGACUAGGGCUAAUUUUUUUUCAACAAAAAUAUGAGUUAGAACAAGAGAUUUAAAUUUCAAAUUUUUUAACCAACCAGAAGUUGCUGUUACAUUUAUCCAAAGAGUUUAUAAAAAGUUUUAAACAAUACACGGUUUAUUUGUAUAAUUUAAUUUAAAGGUUAACCCACCAGUGUCAGCUGUGUUGCUAAAUUUGACCCUUUAGCUUUGGCAUUACCUCCCCAUUGCAUUCUUGAACAAUAGUUAAAGAGCUUAAAGAGCUGGUUACAUUUUGUUAUAAAGGCCAAGAAAGCCUUAACUAUCUGAUAUUCUAGUAAUAUGUUUUAAAUGACAAAUACAAAAAUACUUGUAUACAUAUUUUCUUGUUAAUUUUUAAUCUCACCGUCUGUUGUUUGAAGGCUUAUAUUCCUCACUUCAUUGGUUUUUAAAUGUUAAAAAAUGUUUUUUAGUCUGCAGUUGUCAAUGUUGAUCACAUGAUGGAAAUCUGGACCAUAGCAUCUGUUUUUAACUUCUUAUAACGGCAUGGGAUUUUGGUAUUAUAGUCGAACUUUGAUAUAUUUUCAACUUUAUACAUUUUUUUUUUCUUCUUCCCUUUACAUGUUUGAAUAAUGAUGAAAAGCAGUGCCUUAGGUGCGGCAGCCAUUUUCCUAAUUGAUUCGUGGACAUUUAAUUUUUCAUUUUUCUGCAGCCGAAUGACAUUAGAUUAGAUUUUUUAUUUUUAUUUUAGGUGUAGUUUUUUUUAAGGCUAGACAUGUGUUGCUCAAAUAGUUUUUUUCUGGUGUUAAAAUUAAAAUAAAAAAUCAUUAGGUUGUGUAAAAUGAAAAUAUGUCCGCUAAUUAUUUGGUUGAAAAUGUUUAGACUGCUGCAUCGAGCACUGUCACUGCGCAUGGAUCUUGUAUUACAAUUUUAAAAAAAACAACAGAAAGAAUUUUUUUCUACGAUAAAAAAAUUCCCUAAUACAAUAUUAUUAAAAUCUGUUUUGUUGUAGUAUUUAGUUGUAAUGUGUACUUAUCCUAGCCAGGAAUAAUAUUGUAAACAGUAGUCCUGUAUUCACAAGCUGUAUGGAUUUUGGUUUUUUAUUUCGCUUCUUACCUAUCUAAAUAUAUUAUUUAUCCUGCAUAGUAAUAAAAUCACUGUUGUAGC